GUCUCAUCACUCGCUUGUUGCUCCCUCACUCACUCACUAACCCCACUCACCUUACCCCCUUUAUGUAGACAGAUCUUCAUCCUCUCGUUCCCAUACUCCAAACACAAAUUCUCAACUAAAAGAACCUAAACCCUACUACACCUAGUGCAUAACCACAACCAAAUUCCAAAACAAGAAGAAAAAAUAAUUUAAUAUUUCUUUUUUCUUUUUCUUAUUUUUAGAGGGAAAAAAAGAGUGUGGUAUGGAAUUUGACGAGCAAGAAGAGCAAGAGGAGGAACUGGGAAUACCUGAGGCACCGCAGUCGCAAGCCACGCAAGCGAGUUACGACUCACUCGGAAACUCAGCGAAACUCACCGGGGAUGGAACCGCCGCGUCAGGCUUUGGACGAAAAGGAGCAGCAGCGUCGUCGGUGAGGUACCGUGAAUGUCAGAAGAACCACGCCGUCAGCUUCGGCGGCCACGCCGUAGACGGUUGCUGCGAGUUCAUGGCCGCCGGAGAGGACGGCUCGCUGGAGGCCGUCAUCUGCGCUGCCUGUAACUGCCACCGCAACUUUCACCGCAAAGAGAUCGACGGCGACAUAAGAGGUGGAAGCGGCGCCGGGACCUUACACCACCACCGUCCUCAACCUCCUCCGCCGCAUCUCCACCAAUUCUCCCCUUACUACCACCACCGCGGUCCGCCGUACCCGGCAGGGUACCUUCACCACCUUGCGACACCUCCGAUGGCUCAGCACCGUCCUCUAGCACUUCCUGCAGCGGUUUCCGGCGGUGGACUAAGCAGAGAUGAGGAGGACAUGUCGAACCCUAGCAGCAGCGGUGGCGGCGGCGGCGGCGGUGGCUGUGGCGGAAGCGGUUCUUCAAAGAAAAGGUUCAGGACGAAGUUCACGCAGGAACAGAAGGAUAAGAUGCUUGCUUUCGCUGAACAAGUUGGAUGGCGGAUCCAGAAGCAAGAUGAAGCCAUGGUUGAACAGUUCUGUGCCGAAGCUUGCGUUAAGAGGAGCGUUCUCAAGGUUUGGAUGCACAAUAACAAGAACACUCUUGGUAAGAAACCCUAAUUUAGUACUAAUUUAUUUUCUCCCUUCAUUAUGAUGAUGAUUAAUUAAUUUUAAUUAUUGUGUCCCUUUCUAGUUAUUCUUUGUUUCUUUGGUGUCCCUUUCUCUCUCUUUUUUAUGAGAUUAUGAAUUUAUGACGAGUUUUAAUUUUGUGUCGAGAAAAAAAAAAAGAAGAAAAGAAAAAAGAAUUUGUAAUGUGAAGCUCUUUAAUGGGAGAUCAAGCUCGGUUUGAUUUCUUACUUCUGACUUGUUUCUUUAAACUUCUGCUGAUUUAGAUUUAUUUCUAAGUUAACCGUUAUUUUAUGGAAAUUUUUUUGUUAGUGGUAGUUCUAAGUUUCAUGUUUGGAAAUGGCAACUGCUGUGGAAGCUUUAGGAAGUAAUGAGUGAGGAAUGUAAUUAGCAGAUUUAUUAAACAUUAAUGUCAGGUGAACCCGUACUGCUACUAGCUAGGUUUCAUUAUUAAUCUUGAGUUAAUCAUGGAGAGAAACCUAAUAAAGACAAA